AUGACCUGGACAAAGCAGACAUAUUACUCAACUUGUGAUCUUUCUCUGGAUGAAUUUCCACAACCAAACAACUGGCUAAGAAGCGAUCCCAUCGAGAUCCACAGUGGGGCGAAAACAGUCCUCGUUACCAUCGAGUACCGAACAUUUAACUGUUCAUCGUAUUCUGACAAAGGAGGGAAUUAUUGCAAAAACUAUUUCGACUUCUACGAACAUCAGUCCUGGCAACAAUCAAUUCUCGACCCUCUGACAAACAAGGCUAGCUAUAUAAAGAUUGCGAAAACAACUCCGUCAGCUCUUGGCAUCAAAGUGACUCAAAAGUUUCGUGUAGGAGUUAAAAAAAGAUACAUCCUCUUGGCAUUUCAUGACCAGGGUUCAUGUAGUGUCCUUUUCUCCAUCACUGUUAGUUAUUACGUCUGCCCAGAAUUGCCUCGAAUUAGUGGCUUGGUUUUCUUACCACAAACAACAGCUCCGGCGAACAACUCAAAGCCAGUUGAAGUUAACUGUGUUACUAAUGCUUUUAACAAGCAAGGCAUUCUAAGCCUGGAUUGUCAGAGUGAUGGGGUCUGGAACAUCAGUUCACUUAAUGGAACUUGUAUAUGUCGGGAGGGGAUGGAAAAUGCAGCAGGAGAAUGUAAAGACUGUCCAGAAAGACGAUAUAACGAUGAGAGUGGCUUAAAUUGUACAGCUAUACCGUCAGCCCCGAAAAAUGUCAGCGUUAUCUUUGUCAACCAAAGCACACUGGAAAUACAGUGGCAGCCUCCCGCAAAAACAGGGGUUCAGACCCACGUGUUUUAUGAAGUUGAAUGCCGUCGACCAUGUGAAGGUGAAGACCAAGGGAAGUGCGUAGAUGAAGCUUGCAGGAGUGAUAUCAUUUUCAUACCAAGAAAAGAUGACUUGAGCACUACUAAGGUUAUUGUUGGAAACCUUACUUCAUUUGUAAACUACACAAUGAAAGUCUACGCUAGGAACCGAGUGAGUGGUGUGGCGAAAAUGAAAUAUGGAGUCAAGGCGAACUUCUCGGCCAUUUACAUAAGGACUAACGGAUCACUUCCAGGUAAGCCGACACUGUCAGUUGAACAACCAGAAGAGGCUGUUCUUGUAUCGUGGACUCUAAAGGAAAAGAACGGCGUCAUCAAGGAGUACCACGUGACUUAUUUAGGUGAAGAUGAUACGACAGAAACCAAAACUCUUAUCACCGAGAAAAUGGAGGCGCAGUUUGAUUUGAAGGCGGGAAAAACUUAUGAAUUUCAGGUAUUUGCAAUAAACGACUUCGGAAAAGGCCCUGCUGGGAUCAAGACGUACACGUUGAGGAAAAAUAACUCGCAGAAAAUACGGCUUAUUGUUUACAUAGCUGGAGGAGGAGGAGCACUGCUACUUAUUAUACUGGUAGUGGUCAUUGUUGUCUUUGUCGUGUCUCGUAAAAGGAGAAGUAAAAAGAGUGCAGAGCAAGCCUACAUGGAGGCCCUUCAGCAAGGUAAGACUAGUAUUGCUUGCGACCGAAAUGGUCAGCUGACGAGCCUUCAGUUGGUUGGAAUGGCUAGGGGUGUGGCUCACGGAAUGAAGUACCUGUCAGAAUUAAAUUUUAUUCAUAGGGAUCUGGCUGCUCGUAAUGUUCUUGUGGGUGAAAACAUGUUGUGUAAAGUAUCAGAUUUUGGCCUUUCAAGAGAACUGGCUGACGAUGAUGAAGCACAAGCUGAAUACACGACACAAGGGGGCAAGAUUCCAGUUCGUUGGACAGCCCCAGAGGCUCUUCAGCAUCGGACGUUCAGUUCAGCCAGUGAUGUUUGGAGCUUCGGCAUUCUAAUGUGGGAGAUCAUGUCAUAUUGUGACAGACCUUACUGGAAUUGGGACAAUUUCGAUGUUAUCAAACGAGUGGAAACUGGAUACAGAUUACCAGCUCCACAGGGAUGUCCGAAAAUCGUCCAUAAUUUAAUGAUCGAAUGCUGGAAUAAAGACAAAACCCAACGGCCCAAUUUUUCUGACAUUGUCAAUCUUCUGGAUGAACUUAUUCGAUCCCCGGAGUUUCUAAAUGGUGAUUCAUCCUCUUUUUCAGAGAGUCCUAAAGCAAGCCAUACCCCAGAAUUCCAGUCAGUGGACGAGUGGCUAAAACACAUCAACAUGGAUAAGUAUUCUGAAUUAUUCCGCGAAGCAAGAAUUGAUGAUAUGAACAAAGUCACUGAACUGAAUGACAAACAACUUAGAGGAAUGGGUAUCAGCUUGAUUGGGCAUCGAAAUAAAAUGCAAAAGAGUAUCAAUGCUAUGAAAUCACAACAUUAUAACAAGGGCAUGGAUACAGAUUGGACGGAGCAGACAUGUUACUCAUCGUGUGAUGUUUUUCUGGAUGCAUUUCCACAACCAAACAACUGGCUUAGAACUGAUCCCAUAGAAGUCCACAGUGGGGUGAAAACAGUCUUUGUUACCAUCCAGUACCGAACAAGAAACUGUUCGUCACUUUAUACCGAAGGAGGGAAUUAUUGCACAAAUUAUUUCCACUUUUACGAACAUCAGUCCUGGCAUCGAACGGAACCCGACCCUCUCACAAACAACGCUAGUUAUGACAAGAUUGCGAAAACAGCUCUGUCAGCUCUUGGCAUCAGAGUGUCUCAAAAGUUUCGUGUAGGAGUCAAAAGAAAGUACAUCGUUUUGGCAUUUCACGACCAGGGUUCAUGUAGUACCCUUUACUCCGUCACUGUUAGUUAUUCAGUACUUCUGCCCAACAUUGACUAUUAG